AUGCAACGGUCCAUCGACGCCACAUCGACCAAAUUAACUUCAACGAAAACUCUGAAUUCCACUGAAGACCUUGCCGAAGAAACCCAACAAAACGUGUCCUGUGACACGCCGUCAACAUUUACUGAAGAUCAGACGCAACAGCCUCCUAUUCCGGGAAUGUCUACCGACGAGAAUACCCCACUAGCACUCCGACGACCAAUCAGAAGAGCAAGCCAAUUUGACGAAGCUCUUUUGAGGGAGGACAGUUGUGGUGAUCCAGGCCUACACGAUGGCGCCCACUCUGGAGCGGCGCGUUACAGUUUCCGGGCAUUGGCGAUCAAUCAAAUUUGA